CACCUUGGAUACCCAGCAGAAAUUUACACUAUAGCGCAUGCUCCCACGUCCCGGUGCAUUUCUCUGAAGGCCUUCAUAGCUUAUUGUGUUGUGUUGAAUGAUUCAUGCCUUAUAGUCCUUGUCUAUUCUUGUUUUAGCUCAUUUAACUCUGUUUCAUAAGGAGCACGCGCGUGUAUAUAUAUAUAUAUAUAUCUAUAGUGUGUGUCUUGAGUGGGCUAGGAAAGGCUGUAUUCGGCUAAGAGGCUAAAGGGGCUUUGUGAAGAGUAGUAAUUUAUUUACUUGUGGUAUUUUGCCAAAUAAAUUAAGUUUACGACUCUCCUGUAUAUGCUGGUCACUAUAGUUUGUAAGACUCCGCUUAAAUCAAAAUACGAGUCACAAGCACGGCUCAGUAUUUUCCAUCUUACCCAUUAGAAACAGUGUCGUUGUCACUUUAAGAAUUAUAGAGACGUGGCAGCAAGAACGGUACAAUGAGGAGUCGUUGAACAGCACUUCCUGUGAAGAUAAGAGUUAAGGGAAAUCUUAGAAAACUGUUACGUGAGGGGUGCAGAAAUUUUUACGAAGUAUAUAUAUUAUUUUUUAUUAGACUGAAUAAUGGGGCAGAAUGAUAUCAUGGGCAUUUUAGACGACUCAGCAGACCAGUUUCUGCGGGUUACAAAGCAGUUCCUGCCUCACGUGGCACGUCUUUGUUUAAUCAGCACCUUCCUUGAAGACGGUAUCCGUAUGUGGUUCCAGUGGAGCGAUCAGAGAGAUUACAUUGACAUUACAUGGAACUGCGGCUAUUUCCUGGCUUCAUGUUUUGUAUUUUUAAAUCUAGCUGGACAGUUAAGUGGCUGUGUGCUAAUAUUAAGUAGGAAUUUUGUGCAGUAUACCUGCAUUGGGAUGUUCGGAAUAAUAACACUACAGACUGUGGCCUACAAUUUUUUAUGGGAAGUGAAGGUUUUAAUGAGAAAUCUUGCCUUAGUGGGUGGAUUGCUUCUACUUUUUGCUGAAUCACGAUCAGAAGGCAAAAGUAUGUUUGCUGGCGUGCCAACAAUGGGAGAGAGCUCGCCAAAACAGUACAUGCAGCUCGGAGGACGUGUACUGCUGGUACUUAUGUUCAUGACUUUACUCCAUUUUGAAGCCAGUAUCUUUACAAUUAUUCAGAACAUCGUUGGUACAGCGUUGAUUGUUUUGAUAGCAAUUGGAUACAAGACCAAGCUAGCUGCAUUGACCCUAGUUGUCUGGCUUUUUGCUGUUAAUGUUUACUUCAAUUCUUUUUGGACUAUCCCUGCCUAUAAACCAUUGCAUGACUUUUUAAAGUAUGACUUUUUCCAGACAAUGUCUGUAAUUGGAGGUCUUCUCAUGGUGGUCGCACUUGGUCCAGGAGGAGUUUCUAUGGAUGAGAAGAAGAAAGAGUGGUGAAAAAAUGUACUGUUGUGAAUAUUAACAUAAAGAGGACUGGUCAUUUGGAUUUAUCAUGCAGUUUGUGGUGUCUACCACAUUUGAAACCCCCUGCUUGAUACGUUUUUGCACCUUGGGCCAGAUCCUUAAUAUUUAUUGGCUUAAAUCAUGCAGUAAAAAAGGCAAGGUUUUACAGUUAAUACAUUCUGUCUUUGAAAUCGUUAUGUAAGGGGUUUCAGUGAUAAGUUAUUAAUUUGCAACAGUUUCUGGAUGUACAGUUAUUGCUGGAUAGUAUGGACAUAAAGGCAUCUGCUGGUGUGCAUUUAUAUUAAGCCAAUAUACCACUGAUAGUUGUGGAAGCCCAUAGUAAUAUACUUUGACAUUUUAUCCUACCCUAAUUUUCCUUGCCUGUUGUGGUGAGGUACUUAAUUUAUGUAUGUUACAAGGAUGCAUUCAUUUUCUCUGUUUGUACAUUUUACCUACACAAUUGUUACUGACUAAAUGUCCUAUUAGUUUCAUUUUGUUAUGUUUUUUUUGACAUUAUUGUGUCCUGAGCCACAUUGUCUGAAUCUAUUAUGUUGUCUCCAAAAAGUGAUUUAUUUCAUGAGGGCCUUGAGGAGUAUGAUAUUUAUUUUCUGCUACACAUUUAUUUAUAGUGGAAAUAGAAAAGAUGUUUUCCUGAAAUGUGUUUACUUAAACGGAUAAACACACAUUGCUCAUUUCUGCUUAGAAUUUGUUUCAUGUAAGUUUAAUGAAAAGUGUAUAAUGUCUGUUUGUUUUAAUUAAGAAGAUAAUUUCAUUUGAUGGUUUCUUUGUGAUCAGUGCUUCCUUCAUAUGGAGCCUUACUGAAAUAAGGCCUUCCUUCCUCAGUAAGAUUAAUACCCUGAUGCCUGCAUCAGUUGCUGAUACACUGCCUCCCCAAGUGUCUGACCUAGCUUUUCAUAAAUGUGUUUUGUAAGUCUUAUCCAAACCACCUGUUGUUGCCAUUUACCCUCUUUUUCCAUUGUAUUGCCUGCAGUAGGCUGAUUUUUUUUUGUUUAUGUUUGCUGACCACCCCAUAUCCUUUGAGGCCCAUGACUGUGGUAUUUUAGUUAACUAUAAUUAGUCUUACCCUGUCUGCAUUCUUAAAUUGUCUGAAGGUAAUAUGCCAGUUUCCUACUGUUUUAUUUUUAAACUGUCUACCAUUGCAGAUUCAGCCUCCAGCUUUCUGACGGUUUUGUAUAAACCUCUGUGUGGUUUUGUUAUUGGUUACUGUUUGCUUAUUAGCAGCCUUGCCCCUGGUCUUUUCAUAUUGCUCAUCUGUCUUGUUGGUGUAGUAAUUUUUUCAGUUUAAUACAAUCAGGGCUGGUAACCUGGUACGUAAAAAUCCACUACCAAUCAUUAGCGGACCAGAGUUCCGCUGUGGCGACCCCUAACCAGGAAAAGCCGAAAGACACAAACAAACAAACAAUUUUUUGUGACAUCUUCCAACAGACAUGAAAUUCCACUUGCACACUUUCCCUGGCUCAUAAUUAAAGAUGCUUUAGUGUUUUAGCCUUGCUUUUUGUCCACGUAAAGUAUCAUUUGAGAAACAAGUGCACUCUGCUAUUUUCAUUGUUAGAUAUUCUGAGUGCUCCUGAUAGAGAAUUCGUGGUGCAUUUCCUCAUCUUUUGUCUCUCACAAACCUUUCAUGGAAAUUCAAAACAUCAUGUGUGACGCUGCUUAAAACCAUAUGGAAAGUUAAACAAUAAAGGCUGUCUGAGGCAUCUAGUUUUAA